AUGCGAGAUGCAGUGGAGGCUGAGCUGAGACGCCUGGAAGACCAGGACAUCAUAGAACGGGUAACUGGCCCUGCCCUAUGGGUGUCACCCGUUGUAAUUGUGCCCAAGCGAAAUGACAAGGAUGUGAGAAUAUGCGUAGACAUGCGAGAAGCGAACAGAACCAUUGUUCGAGAGCAGCACUUAAUGCCUACUGUUGAAGAUGUGAUCAGCACCCUAAAUGGCGCAGCACUGUUCUCCAAGUUGGAUCUCAAGGAGGGGUACCACCAGCUAAAGCUGGAAGAACAUUCAAGAAUGAUAACCACUUUUUCCACCCACUGUGGACUAAGAAAGUACAAGAGGCUUCUGUUUGGAGUCAAUGCUGCUGCGGAGAUAUUUCAGGAUGCCAUAAGACAAGUGCUGCCUAACGAAGAUAGCAUCAUCAACAUCAGUGAUGACAUCCUUGUCUCAGGCCGCACAACUGAAGAGCAUGAUCGGCAACUGCGGCUGGUGCUCAGGCACUCAGAAGAGGUUAGGCUCACUUUGAAUGAGAAAAAGUGUGUGGUGGCAUCGAGGAGUCUGAAAUUCUACGGUCACGUGUUCUCUGCCAGCAGAGUCAAUGUUGACCCUGAGAAAGUAGAAGAAGUGGCAAAGAUGACGCCACCAAGAAAUCCAACUGAAGUCCUGCUCAUCACAGCCCAAAGGAUGGGUGAUCGGACGUCAUCUGAUAAACUGUGGAAAGAUGACAAGCUCAAGCCCGUCAUCCAGAUCAGAGAUGAGCUAACAGUUGCAGACAAUGAUGUUGUCUUGAGGGGACCAAGGCUGGUGAUCCAGAGAAAGUGCGGCUACAAGCCAUCAAGCUGGCUCAUAGGGGACACCAGGGGAUUAUCAAAACCAGGGCUUCUCAAAUAUGUUCGUUCCAAGGAACCCUGCUAA